AUGGAAGUGGAGGGAGUGUGCUUGGGUUCUUCAGAGCUGCAUGAUAAGGAGAAUAUCGUUGUGUGUAGCCAGUCCAUUUCAGAACAGAAAAAUGCAGAGAUUGUUCGGCAGUGUGAAUUUUACUUCUCAGAUGCGAAUAUUCUGAAGGACCAGUUUCUCCUUAAACUAGUGAAGUCAUCUAAAGAAGGAUGGGUGGACCUUGUUAUCAUUGCAAACUUUAAAAAGAUGCAGGCUUUAUCGACGGACCAUGAUGUUAUCCGGAAAGCCCUAACAGCCUCAGCCAAACUAGAGAUAUCCGAAGAUGGGAUGACGAUUCGACGUCGUGAUCCCUUACCCGUGUGGGACAAGUCGGUUUACGGACGUUCUGUCAUAUUAUCAGAUUUUCCAAUGAACUCUAACGUUACCGUGGAGAGUAUUACAGAGUUUUUCACGAAUAAUGGACAACCUCCUGCCUCGUUCUCACUGGGCAUUCAUAUAUGCAUAUCUUUUAACUCACGGAGCAAGAAGCUGAUUGAAACUACUGAUAAUAAAGCUUCCAAACUUGUCACAAGUGAAGGCACAGAUACCACUCGCAAACCGUUAUUCCGAGGCCUUAGCAAUCACGUGCACGUAGUGCAUGUCCGUGAGCCGUUUGGUCCACCUACAGAAGACAGUGCUGGAUUUCCUCCUGGUUGGCGCGAUCUACUUCGGUUUCAGCGACUUCUACUUCGCGACAGUACAGAAACUAAUGUGUCUGCAAACGCCCAAUUUCUGGCAAUGAAUAGUACGAUAUUAUGUGUAGACUCUGGUCAAGUUUGUGCUUCAUAACUGACCAGUCACUCAACAGCUGUGGAUACUUCAAACUUCAUUUUAGAAACGCUUGUUUUAGAUUCCGUGAAAGAUGCUUUCUCUAUCGUUAUCGUACUUUUUUCUCUAUAAUUCAUUCAUCGCAAGAUACAACUAUGAUCAAUUCACAAAGUAACCUGUGG